AAAGGCAAUUGAGCAAGUUUUUCCUCAAACAGUGCAUUGGUGUUGUGAAUAGCAUGUUAUGCGAAAAGCAAGAGAACAUCUAGGUCUAGUGUAUAGCACAAAGGAAGGCUUUCAGAAAGAGCUUUUUUUGUGCAUUGAUGGUAGUAUUACUAUCGAAGAGUUCGAAAUGAGAUGGAUUGGUAUGCUUUAGAAGUUCGACUUGUAUGAUAAUAAACACCUACAAUUAAUGUCGAACAAUAGAUAUCAAUGGGUGCCUGUUUAUUUUCGAGAUACAUUCUUCGCUGCCAUGUGUACUUCGCAACGUAGUGAAAGCAUUAAUGCUGUCACUAAAAUUUGGGUCGACAACCAUACGUCAAUAUACAAAUUUGUCCUUCAAUUGAAAAAGUGAUCGAAACUUGGUACGACAAAGAAGACGAGGAGGAUUACAAGAUGAGAGGUGGUGAGGUGAAGCUUUAUUCAUAUGAUCCCAUUGAAGUUCAAGCUCGUGAUAUUUAUACAAAAAGAAAUUUCUUUGAAUUCAAGGAACAAUUGAGAUUGAUCUCGGGACAUUCAUUGCUGGAACUAGAAAAGAAUUCACUAUAUAAAACAACUGCAAUACACAAUCCUACAAUGACUUAUACUGUUAGCGUGAAUCGAUUAGCAGAAAAGGUGUCAUGCAAUUGCAAAAUGUUCGAAUUUACGGGCCUUUUAUGCUCACACAUAUUAAAGGUACUGCAUUAUAUUGGAAUAUAUUCGAUUCCUUCGCAUUACAUCUUGAAACGAUGGACGAAAAAUGCACAGAGGAGAUCUUUCAACAUUCAAUCUAUACAACAUGAGGCAAUGGGUGACUCCAUGCAUGCAAAGGCUAUAAGGUCUAAUGCACUUAGUCAACAAGUGCAAGAGAUUGUCCAUCAAGGUGCAAAAUCAUUUGGAUCAUUUGAGUUGAUUUGUCAAUUAAUUAAAAGAGUUGUUGAGGAAAUUGUCUCGUACAAUCAAGCUUCUAAUGAGAUACAAGGCAAAGAAGUUGAAGAAUUUAAUGUAGUUCCACUUACACAAACAAGUGACCUUGAUGUUGCUAUGAAGGACCCACCACAGUCACAGUGUAAAGGAAAGAGGAAACCACAAAGGUUUAAGCCUUCUGCGGAAAAGCGAGCUAAAAAGUUCAGAACAUGUGCGAAAUGCAAAAAGAAAGGUCAAAAUGUUCGAACGUGUAAAGAGGUUGCGCCGGGAGAUGCAUACUUCGAUGUAGAUGUUAAUGAAAGCAAUAGCGAAUAACGUAUUUUGUUAAUACUUUUGUAUGUAUGGUUUUGGUGUAUAGUUUCACAUGUAAAUUACGCUUUUCGAUGCUUUCUUUUUGGUUUAAAAAGCUUUGUUAUAUUUUGAGGUAUAAGGGUCGAUGUGUAAUACAUGCCCUUUAGCUUUGGUAUUAAACUUCUGUCUUGAAGAACAACACAUAUGAAAAAAUGAUUCAAUGAUAUAUUAUGUUAAUGAAAGCA